CGGCCAUUCCCAACGAUUCUCUUCGCAGGUUCACACCUCCUUCUCUCUUCUCCUUCGAAACCCUAUCCAUCUUUGUCACUGCACGUUCACCACUGCCACUGACGCUUCCUCACAGUGGAAUAAGCUUUCACUUUCUCGAUUUACCAGAUCCUCAUAAUAUUGAAUCCUUGUUAGUUCUAUUUGAUUUUGCAACUCUGAUAGUCUUUCCACUUUUAACGUUUCUCAAUUAUUGAUUUCGUCUGCUGUUUAAACGGUCAUUCGCUUCAUUUUUUGCCCAAUUCAAUCGUUAUCUAUUUUUUUUUCCGAUGAUGAUGUAUUAUGUAUUGGUUUUGGCAUUAAUAGUCAAUCCUUAGAGUUAAGCUAACACAGACAAUUUUAGUCGAUUCCUUUUGUUUAUAAAUAUCCUCUCCGUUAACUUAUUUUAAUUUCAUGAACUGUACAACCGUCUGCAGACAAUUUUACUCUAGAUGUGUGUUAUAUCGUUAUUUCAGGCCAACAUCUUAUUAGAUUUUUUUGUUGUCAGUUAUCAUUCUUAUUUUUUGUUUUUAUUUAUACUUCAACAGGGGAGUGCGAUUCUUGUGAGUGCUCAAUAUGACUUCAUUCUUGAAGCCUGAGAAUGCCCUCAAAAGGGCGGAAGAAUUAAUCAAUGUCGGGCAGAAGCAGGACGCUUUGCAGACACUUCAUGACCUUAUUACUUCUAAGAGAUACAGAGCAUGGCAGAAGACACUUGAAAGGAUUAUGUUCAAGUAUGUAGAGCUGUGCGUAGACAUGCGCAAGGGACGAUUUGCAAAAGAUGGGCUUAUUCAGUAUAGAAUCAUAUGUCAGCAAGUGAAUGUUAGUUCGCUGGAGGAGGUGAUCAAGCAUUUUAUGCACCUGUCAACUGAGAAAGCUGAACAAGCCCGUAGCCAGGCACAGGCAUUAGAAGAAGCCCUUGAUGUUGAUGAUUUAGAGGCAGACAAAAGGCCCGAGGACUUGAUGUUAAGCUAUGUCAGUGGUGAGAAAGGAAAGGACAGAUCUGAUCGAGAGCUCGUUACCCCAUGGUUUAAAUUUCUUUGGGAAACAUACAGGACAGUGCUUGAAAUAUUACGGAACAACUCUAAACUGGAAGCCUUAUAUGCUAUGACAGCUCAUCGAGCUUUCCAGUUUUGUAAGCAGUAUAAAAGAACAACAGAGUUCCGCAGACUCUGUGAAAUCAUAAGAAACCAUUUGGCCAACCUUAAUAAAUAUCGGGACCAACGAGAUCGACCUGAUCUUUCAGCUCCUGAGAGCUUGCAACUGUAUCUUGAUACUAGAUUUGAGCAGCUGAAAAUUGCCACUGAACUUGAGCUCUGGCAGGAAGCCUUCCGAUCUGUGGAAGAUAUACAUGGACUGAUGUGCAUGGUCAAAAAAGUGCCCAAGGCAUCCUUGAUGGUAGUUUACUAUGUCAAGCUGACAGAAAUAUUUUGGAUAUCAUCAAGUCAUCUAUAUCAUGCAUAUGCGUGGUUCAGGCUCUUCUUGUUACAAAAAAGCUUCAAUAAGAAUCUGAAUCAGAAGGAUUUGCAAUUAAUUGCUUCAUCUGUUGUUCUGGCUGCACUUUCAGUGCCUCCUCAUGAUCGCACUCAUGGUGCAUCACAUUUGGAGCUUGAGCAUGAAAAAGAGAGAAAUUUGAGAAUGGCUAAUCUCAUUGGUUUUAAUCUUGAAACUAAACCCGAAAGCAGAGAAGUGCUCUCAAGGUCAUCACUUCUUGCAGAACUGGCAUCGAAGGGGGUGAUGUCUUGUGUAACUCAGGAAGUGAAAGACAUCUACAAUCUUCUGGAGCAUGAAUUUCUUCCCUCAGAUCUUGCAUUAAAAGUGCUCCCCUUGUUAACUAAGAUCUCAAGCCUAGGUGGUAAGAUUUCCAGUGCUCCAAUUAUUCCAGAUGUGCAAUUGUCUCAGUAUGUCCCGGCACUGGAAAAACUAGCAACCUUGAGGUUGCUACAGCAGGUGUCUAAUGUGUACCAGACAAUGAAGAUUGAGACCUUAUCUGGAAUGAUUCCCUUCUUUGAAUUUUCUGUGGUGGAAAAGAUUUCUGUAGAUGCUGUUAAGCAGAAGUUUGUAUCAAUGAAAGUUGACCACAUGAAAAAUGUUGUAAUUUUUUGCAAAUCGACUCUUGAGUCUGAUGGCUUAAAGGAUCACUUGGCCAAUUUUGCUGAACAAUUGAAUAAGGCAAGACAAAUGAUUCAUCCUCCUGAAAGGAAACCAUCAAAACUUGGAGCUUUACUUCCGACUCUGACGGAGGUUGUGGCCAAAGAACACAAGAGACUUCUUGCUCGAAAAUCGAUUAUCGAGAAGAGGAAAGAAGAACAAGAGCGACAGCUGCUUGAAAUGGAACGGGAAGAGGAGUCAAAGAGGUUGAGACUGCAGAAAAUAACCGAAGAAGCAGAACAGAGACGUCUUGCCACCGAGUAUGAACAGAGGAAGAAUCAAAGGAUCCUUAGGGAAAUAGAGGAAAGAGAAAUUGAAGAAGCUCAAGCUUUACUCCAGGAAGCUGAAAAGCGUAUUAAAAAGAAGGGGAAAAAGCCAAUCAUUGAGGGGGACAAAAUUACCAAGCAGACCUUGAUGGAACUGACAUUGACUGAACAACUUCGGGAAAGACAGGAAAUGGAAAAGAAACUGCAAAAAUUAGCUAAAACCAUGGAUUAUUUGGAAAGGGCGAAAAGAGAAGAGGCUGCUCCCCUGAUUGAAGCUGCAUAUCAACAGCGCCUAGUGGAAGAGAGGAUUCUUCAUGAACGCGAGCAACAACAAGAGGUUGAAGUAAGCAAGCAGCGGCAUGAGGGAGAUCUUAAGGAAAAAGAGAGGCUUGCUCGAAUGAUUGGCAACAAAGAGAUAUAUCAAGAGAGGGUUGUCAGUCAUCGCCAAGCAGAGUUUAACAGAUUGAGGAGGGAAAGGGAAGAGCGGAUCUCUAGGAUUUUACAGGCCAGGAGACAGGAGAGGGAAAAAAUGAGGAAGUUGAAGUUUUAUCUCAAGUUAGAAGAAGAGAGACAACAAAAAUUGCGCGAGGAGGAGGAGGCUCGGAAGCGUGAAGAGGCUGAAAGACGAAAGAAGGAGGAGGCUGAACGCAUUGCAAAAUUGAAUGAGAUAGCUGAAAAGCAGAGGCAAAGAGAGAGGGAACUAGAGGAAAAGGAGAGACAGAGGAGAGAAUCAUUGUUGGGCAAAUCCGCUGAACCAGCUCCGAGGCCUUCUGAGCCCCCUGCACGUCCAUUGGAGUCUGGAUCUAAUGCUCCUGCUGCUGCCGCAGCUUCUGCAGCCCCAGCAGCAGGCAAAUACGUUCCUAAGUUCAGGCGAGAUAGAAGUGAAAGCACAGCAGCUGCUCCUCCUCCAGAAACUGAUCGCUGGAAUAGCAGCAGGCAAGACGGUGACAGGUGGCGUAGUGAUGAUCGCAGAGCUGCGUUUGGUUCUGGUGCGGGUUCAAGAUCAUCUUCUGCGUGGUCAUCUUCCAGGAAUCGUUGAUCAUAUGUGGCCUGAUUUAUAGCCAAUGCCACUGUGGCCCUUUCCUUGCUUGAUAUUGUGCUGGUUCUUGUGACUUGGUCGAGUUCUCGUUGCAUUCUCGUUGAGUUCUAAAAUUCUUUUUGAUACUAAGUUCUUAUAUUUGUUUAUUUAUCUUCUAAACCUCAUGGAGUCCUCGGUGCGUUUGAGGAACAUGCCACAAAAUUUUCUAUUUAUGAUCGAGUGGAAUGGAUAUGAAUUGGAUAUGGCAUGAUUGAGUAACAUGCCAUCAAAAUUUCAAAAUAGACUAGUACUGCUUAUCUAUUUAUCGACUUUUUGAUAUUUUGAGUUGGGCAGUCGUUAAAAAUGACCUUAGCCCUAGUUUCUGGUUUUAUUCCCCGUUCGUACUAAUAAUUUAUUAAUUUCAUAUUAGAAUAUUAGU